CCAUCCAAAGUUUCUGACCUUUGGAUGCCUCAUAGCCACAAUUGGGACAAUAAUCUUCUUAUUCAGACCUUUGAUAACACCGCGGUCAACGAAAUAAUCAAGCUUCAUCCUGUCCCUAACACCGACCAAGACAUCCUCAGAUGGAAACCGGCCAAUAAUGGUACUUGCACCACCAAAGCCAUCUAUAACCAUUUAGCCUCUAACCAGAUUAUUAAUCUUCCUAGCCAAGGCUCCAGAAGCAUUACCCCUCAAACCAACCAAAUCCUCAAAAGAGCCUGGAAAAUGAAAAACCUCCCUCCUAUCAUUAAAACCUUUGCAUGGAGGCUGAUCAGAAGAGCCCUACCGACUGCUGAACGAGCUUCAAGGUACUCUACCCAACCUGACUAUAAUUGUGCUGCAUGUGGAAAUAUCGAAAAUGAUGCUCACCUUUUCUUCCAAUGCCACUUACCCCGAGCAGUCUGGUUUUCUUCAUCUCCUUCUGUUAUUACCACUAAUCUCCCCUAUGAGCAAGAUGGGGUUCAGUUAAUUUUAGAACAGGUCGUCAUGCCUCUCAAUCUGGAUGACAGCAAGUUUGCCACGCUCCUAACCACAAUGUGGUACAUUUGGAAGGCGAGGAACGAAAGAAAAUAUCUGGGCAAAAAAUGGACUCCUAUUCAGGUUUCUUCCAUCCAGGGCUCCAACCAUCUACAACAGGUCUUUGGCAAUACAAUUGCAUACCCCGCCUCUAUCCACACUGAAGGACAAUUGCCCCAGACCAACUCUUUCAGGAUCACGCAACCUGCGCUCAUAGAAGGCAUAAGAUGCUACACCGACGCCUCCACUUCACCGGACCAACCCACUCAGUCCUACAGACAUGCUGGAAUUGGUAUCUUCUUUCUCGUACCGCAGGUACAAGCAGCAAGAUCUAUUUUCAUCAAAGCAACUGUGGUCAACGUUCACUCUGUCUUCAUGGCAGAGGCAGCAGCUCUGGCUCUAGCUGCAACUAUUGCUCAGGCUCUUCACUUCCCCAAUGUUACCUUUCUAUCAGAUUCACAACAACUAGUACAAGCUCUCAACUCCAACAGCCAGGAGAAUCUUCCAGAUUGGAGAGCCAAGCCUUUUACUCAGAUCUACAGGAACUCCCUUCCUCAAAUCAACGGCAAGAUCUUUAAAAUUCUCAGGUCCCUCAACACUACUGCCGACACAUUAGCUAGACAGGCUUCUCUCCAUAAUUCUUCUCAUAAUGUAUCAUUUCAACCUGUCUGCUCCUUCGGGAUGCAUAAUCAUCAGUGCGAUCUCUUCCAAGCACUGAAUCAUGUAAACCUUCAGUCCUUUCGGCUGAUUGCAGCUUGUUGCUGCUAAUUAAUAUAUGUGAUGUUUGUUGUAAAAAAAAAACA